UUUUGGCCUAGGCCGCGGGGCCGCCCGUGGCCGCCGGGGAGCAGGCGAAAGGGGUUUGUGUGUGGUGGGGGCCUGGGCCUGGGGAAGCUGACGCCGGUCGUCCGGAAGCCAGGAGGAGGCGAGAGGCCGCUGGUGGACUCCGGGCCUAGGCCCUCUCCCCUCAACCUUCUCCCGAGAUCUGGGUCACCCCGAUCCACGGAAGAGACCAACGGGAGGUGCGGCCGCGCUAUGGACCCCUGACCCCACUGGGGUCGCUCGGACUCUAACGUGUGGACUGACCGCUACAGACUGCACCGCCUGCCUGCCCCCCGUCUCCUGCCGGCCCUUAGCAUGAGCGAGGGGGACCCAGCCGGGUGACAUUGUGCCCGUUGGCGGAUUCUCCAUUUCCCCUUCCCCGUCCUCAUCCGCCUCCUCCCACAUGAAGUGAUUCUGAGUUUCGGGGGUUCUGGAUUAUUGUUCUUACGAACCCCUGCAUUUGGUUGGGGGGUAUUUAAGGCCUUAGGGUCCUUCAGUGUCUUUGAGUGUUUUGUGUGUGUACAUAUUUUGCGCUUAAGUUUAUAAAUAUACGUAUAUUGAGCGUGUCCACGUCUCCUCGCUGAACCUUAGGAAACCUUUGGCACCAUGUCCUGUGUGCAUUAUAAAUUUUCCUCUAAACUCAACUAUGAUACCGUCACUUUUGAUGGGCUCCACAUCUCCCUCUGCGACUUAAAGAAGCAGAUUAUGGGGAGAGAGAAGCUGAAAGCUGCCGACUGCGACCUGCAGAUCACCAACGCGCAAACGAAAGAAGAAUAUACUGAUGAUAACGCGCUAAUCCCUAAGAACUCGUCUGUGAUCGUUAGGAGAAUUCCUAUUGGAGGCGUUAGAUCUACAAGCAAGACAUACGUUAUAAGUCGAACUGAGCCAGUGAUGGGAACUUCAAAAGCAAUUGAUGACUCUUCUGCGUCUAUUUCUCUGGCCCAGCUUACAAAGACUGCCAAUCUGGCUGAAGCCAAUGCUUCUGAAGAAGAUAAAAUUAAAGCAAUGAUGUCGCAGUCUGGCCAUGAAUACGACCCAAUCAAUUACAUGAAGAAACCUCUAGGUCCACCACCUCCAUCUUAUACCUGUUUUCGCUGUGGUAAACCUGGCCAUUAUAUUAAGAAUUGCCCAACAAAUGGGGAUAAGAACUUUGAAUCUGGUCCUAGAAUUAAAAAGAGCACUGGAAUUCCUAGAAGUUUUAUGAUGGAAGUGAAAGAUCCUAAUAUGAAAGGUGCAAUGCUUACCAACACUGGAAAAUAUGCAAUACCAACUAUAGAUGCAGAAGCAUAUGCAAUUGGGAAGAAAGAAAAGCCGCCUUUUUUACCAGAAGAGCCAUCUUCUUCUUCAGAAGAAGAUGACCCCAUCCCAGAUGAACUUUUGUGUCUCAUUUGCAAAGAUAUUAUGACUGAUGCAGUUGUCAUUCCCUGCUGUGGAAACAGUUACUGUGACGAAUGUAUAAGAACAGCACUUCUGGAAUCAGAUGAACAUACGUGUCCAACAUGUCAUCAGAAUGAUGUCUCUCCUGAUGCUUUAAUUGCCAAUAAAUUUUUACGACAGGCCGUUAAUAACUUCAAAAAUGAGACUGGUUACACAAAAAGACUACGAAAACAGCUGCCUCCACCACCACCCCCAAUACCACCUCCAAGACCACUUAUUCAGCGGAACCUACAGCCUCUGAUGAGAUCUCCAAUAUCAAGACAGCAGGAUCCUCUGAUGAUUCCAGUCACAUCUUCGUCAUCUCAUCCACCUCCCUCUAUGUCUUCAUUGGCUUCUAAUCAGUCUCCCUUGGCUCCUCCUGGGCCUGGAAAUUCAUCUUCUGCCCCAGCUCCUGUUCCUGAUAUAACUGCAACAGUGUCCAUAUCAGUCCAUUCAGAAAAAUCAGAUGGACCUUUCCGGGACUCUGAUAAUAAAAUCUUGCCAGCGGCAGCCCUUGCAUCAGAACAUCCAAAGGGAACCUCUUCAAUUGCAAUUACUGCUCUUAUGGAAGAGAAGGGUUACCAGGUGCCUGUACUUGGAACCCCGUCUUUGCUUGGACAGUCAUUAUUGCAUGGACAAUUGAUCCCCACAACUGGUCCAGUAAGAAUAAAUACUGCUCGUCCAGGUGGGGGUCGACCAGGUUGGGAACAUUCCAAUAAACUUGGAUAUCUGGUAUCUCCGCCACAGCAAAUUAGAAGGGGGGAGAGGAGCUGCUACAGUUACCUAUCCAGGCAGUCCCCAGGUUAUGAACAUUGGACUUACAUACAACCUGUAGUUAUGAACCAACCCCGUAAAGCCUAUUAUAUGAAAAAUUUGAGAAGUAUAAACCGUGGACGACACCACAGCGAGAGAUCACAGAGGACUCAAGGCCCAUCACUACCAGCAACUCCAGUUUUUGUGCCUGUCCCACCACCACCCCUGUAUCCACCUCCUCCCCAUACACUUCCUCUCCCUGCAGGUGUUCCUCCACCACAGUUUUCUCCUCAGUUUCCUCCUGGCCAGCCACCACCUGCUGGGUAUAGUGUCCCUCCUCCAGGGUUUCCUCCAGCUCCUGCCAAUUUAUCAACACCCUGGGUAUCAUCAGGAGUGCAGACAGCUCAUUCAAAUACCAUCCCAACAACACAGGCACCACCUUUGUCCAGGGAAGAAUUCUAUAGAGAGCAACGACGACUGAAAGAAGAGGAAAAGAAAAAGUCCAAGCUAGAUGAGUUUACAAAUGAUUUUGCUAAGGAAUUGAUGGAAUACAAAAAGAUUCAAAAGGAGCGUAGGCGCUCAUUUUCCAGGUCUAAAUCUCCCUAUAGUGGUUCAUCAUAUUCAAGAAGUUCAUAUACUUACUCUAAAUCAAGAUCUGGUUCAACGCGUUCACGCUCUUAUUCUCGAUCAUUUAGCCGCUCUCACUCUCGUUCCUAUUCACGAUCACCUCCAUAUCCCAGAAGAGGCAGAGGGAAGAGUCGAAAUUACCGUUCACGGUCUAGAUCUCAUGGAUAUCAUCGAUCUAGGUCAAGAUCCCCUCCAUAUAGACGCUAUCAUUCUCGAUCAAGAUCUCCUCAAGCAUUUAGGGGACAGUCUCCCACUAAACGUAAUGCACCUCAAGGGGAAGCAGGACGUGAAUAUUUUAAUAGAUUCAGAGAAGUCCCACCACCUUAUGAUAUGAAAGCUUAUUAUGGGAGGAGUGUUGACUUUAGAGACCCAUUUGAAAAGGAGCGUUACAGAGAAUGGGAGAGAAAAUAUAGAGAGUGGUAUGAAAAAUACUAUAAAGAUUAUGCUGCUGGAGCACAGCCUAGACCCUCAGCAAAUAGAGAGAACUUUUCUCCAGAGAGAUUUUUACCACUUAAUAUCAGGAAUUCUCCCUUUACAAGAGGCCGCAGAGAAGAUUAUGCUGCUGGACAGAGUCAUAGAAGUCGAAACGUAGGUGGCACCUAUCCAGAAAAGCUUCCAACAAGAGACAGUCACAAUCAGAAGGAUAAUACAAAAACAAAAGAGAAGGAGAGUGAAAAUGCUCCAGGAGAUGGUAAAGGAAAUAAACAUAAGAAACAUAGAAAAAGAAGAAAAGGAGAAGAAAAUGAAUGUUUUCUGAACCCAGAGUUACUAGAGACAUCUAGGAAAUCUAGAGAACCUACAGGUGGUGAGGAAAGUAAAACAGAUUCAUUGUUUGUUCUCCCAAAUAGAGAUGAUGCUACACCUGUUAGAGAUGAACCAAUGGAUGCAGAAUCCAUUACUUUUAAAUCAGUGUCUGAAAAAGACAAGAGAGAAAAAGAUAAGCCAAAAGCAAAAGGUGACAAGACCAAACGGAAAAAUGAGGGAUCUACUGUGUCCAAAAAAGAAAAUGUAAAACCUGCUAAAGGACCUCAAGAAAAACUAGAUGGAGAGCGUGAAAAAUCUCCUCGAUCUGAACCUCCACUGAAAAAAGCCAAAGAGGAGACUCCAAAGACUGACAAUGCUAAUAAAUCAACAUCUUCCUCUCAGAAAGAUGAGAAGAUCGUUGGCAUUCCCAGGAAAGCUCACUCCAAGUCAGCAAAAGAACACCAAGAGACAAAACCAGUCAAAGAGGAAAAAGUGAAGAAGGACUACUCCAAAGAUGUCAAAUCAGAAAAGCUAACUAGUAAGGAAGAAAAGGCCAAGAAGCCUAGUGAGAAAAGUAAGCCACUUGAUAGCAAGGGAGAAAAAAGAAAAAGAAAAACUGAAGAAAAAGGUGUAGAUAAAGAUUUUGAGUCGUCUUCACUGAAAAUCUCUAAACUAGAAGUAACUGAAACAGCGAAACCAUCACCAAAACGCAAAAUGGAACCUGAUGUUGAAAAGAUGGAUAGGACCCCUGAAAAGGACAAAAAUUCCUCAACUGCCCCAGCCAAAAAAAUCAAGCUCAACAGGGAGACGGGGAAGAAAAUUGGAAGUGCAGAAAAUAUAUCUAAUACAAAAGAACUCUCUGAAAAAUUGGAAUCAACAUCUAGCAAAGUUAAACAAGAAAAAGUCAAAGGAAAAGUCAGACGAAAAGUAACCGGAACUGAAGGGUCCAGCUCCACUCUCGUGGAUUAUACCAGUACAAGCUCAACUGGAGGCAGUCCUGUGCGGAAAUCUGAAGAAAAAACAGAUACAAAGCGAACCGUCAUUAAAACUAUGGAAGAGUAUAACAAUGACAAUACAGCUCCUGCUGAAGAUGUUAUUAUUAUGAUUCAGGUUCCUCAGUCCAAAUGGGAUAAAGAUGACUUCGAAUCUGAAGAAGAAGACGUGAAGUCUACACAGCCUGUAUCGAGCAUAGGAAAGCCUGCUAGCGUUAUAAAAAGUGUUAGCGCUAAGCCAUCAGGUACAGCCAAGUACAAUGAAAAAGAAAGUGAGCCAUCAGAGAAGGUUCAGAAACUCACCAAGGAAGUGAGCCAUGAAAUAAUCAUGCAUGAUGUUAAAAGUUCAAAAAACUCCGCAUCUAGCGAAAAAGGGAAAACCAAAGAUCGAGAUCAUUCAGUGUUGGAAAAGGAAAACCCUGAAAAGAGGAAGAGCAGCGUUCAACCAGAGAAAGAUAGUAAUUUGGACCGUCUGAAUGAACAAGGAAGUUUUAGAAGUCUGUCUCAGUCUUCCAAAGAGACUAGAACUUCAGAUAAACAUGAUUCUGUUCGAGGCUCCUCAAAUAAAGACUUCACUCCCAAUAGAGACAAAAAACCUGACUAUGACAACAGAGAUUAUUCAAGUUCCAAACGCAGAGAUGAAAGGAAUGAAUCAGCCAGAAGAAAAGACUCUCCUCCUCGGAAUAAGGAUUCUGCAUCUGGACAGAAAAAUAAACCAAGAGAUGAGAGAGAUUUGGCUAAGAAGGGAACAGGAGACUCCAAAAAAAGUAGUUUAAGUCCCUCAAGAGACAGAAAGCCUCAUGAUCACAAAGCCACUUAUGAUACUAAACGCUCUAGUGAAGAGACAAAAUCUGUGGAUAAAAAUCCUUGUAAAGAGCGUGAGAAGCAUGUUUCAGAAGCAAGGAACAAUAAAGAGUCAAGUGGCAAUAAAUCACUGUAUAUACUUAACCCACCAGACUCACAGAUUGAAAAAGAGCAAGUUACUGGGCAAAUUGACAAGAAUGCUAUCAAGCCUAAACCUCAGUUAAGCCACUCCUCUCGACUUUCCUCCGACUUAACUAGAGAAACUGAUGAAGCUGCUUUUGAACCAGACUAUAAUGAAAGUGACAGUGAGAGUAAUGUAUCUGUAAAAGAAGAGGAAACGUCAGGAAAAAUUUCUAAGGAACUGAAAGAUAAAGUGAUAGAGAAAGCAAAAGAGAACCUGGACACAGCAGCAGUUGGCCAAAUAGGCAUAACGAGGAGUCAGAGUCAAAGCAGUCCUAGUGUUAGCCCGAGUAGAAGUCACAGCCCUUCUGGAAGCCAAACCCGAAGCCACAGUAGCAGUGCCAGCUCAGCAGAAAGUCAGGACAGCAAGAAGAAGAAGAAAAAGAAAGAAAAGAAAAAGCACAAGAAACAUAAAAAACAUAAGAAGCAUAAGAAGCAUGCAGGCACUGAGGUAGAAUUGGAAAAAAGCCAAAAACACAAACACAAGAAAAAGAAGUCAAAGAAGAACAAAGAUAAAGAAAAGGAGAAGGAGAAAGAUGACCAAAAAGUGAAAUCUGUCACUGUGUAAAAAAGGACAGAUUUUAAAAAUUGACUUAAUUACUAAGUCAUCUGUAUUAGAUUUUGUUAUAAUGUAAAGAGAUUCAAGCCUUGUAAAUAAUGACAUGGAAAACCCCGUGCUGCACUUAAAAUAUUGCUGCUUGAUUAUUUGAUUUUUACAUCAGAGCUUUAUAACACGAACUUUUGUACAGAAUUGUGAGUUGUGACCAUGUAACAUGAGAGGUUUUGCUAGGGCCUAUUAUUUUUAACCACCAUUAAUUAGUUGGGGUGGAGUUUACUGUACUGUGAAAUUUUCACAUUUGAAUUUUUUUAAUUGCCUGGCAGAAGCUGGUAUCAGUUCUAAAAUAUCAGCGGAAUGAUUUGCUGAAUUCAUUACAACCCCGUUAUGUCACUUUUUGAUUACAAUAAAAGUUUUCAGUAAACUUUUCAAAUGUUGAAUAUUUGUGUUAUUUGAAGAAAGUAGCGUCUGUUUUCCUGUUUUAAAAAUUCUGAGUCUUAAGUUGAACCGAAGGUACAAAAUUCUGGAGUAAACGUGAAAGAUGGAUUUCAUUGGUUGGCUAAUGGUGAGUGGCCAGGUGUAAGAAAUCAGGAUGAAUUGGUCUUGAGUACAGUAAUUAAAAAUUUGACCUUGAAUCUUGGAGCUGAGGAACUGUGACCUGUUUCUAGCCACAUACUCACUUUCUUGAAACCCUGAUAGAUGAGUAUUAAAUCCCUUGAUAAAGUGGCCAGUUAAAGAGCACACACCACUGAGCAUCUGACCCUACCACCAGUUGACAGAAGCCAGCAGUAAUAGCUCCAGAAGCGCUAGAUAAGACUGUGAUGGGUUUCCUUCGUUGCUGUGGUUCUGGAAGUGGACAAUAAACAAUAAAAAACCACAAAAAUGAUUUGGGGACAAGGGUAAGAGUGAUAUUUUAGAAACAUGGUGAUGUAAAAAGGGGUUAAGGAAGGUGUUGGCUA